AUCGAUACUUUUGGCGCCGGCAAAACAGUCUGCGUUGUUUCUGUAGCGCAUUAAGAGGCAAAAUAAAAACAAAUAUUGGCAAUUAAAAAAAAUGGCAAGUGAAGAUUUAUUUCCAAAUGAGUUAACGGAGGAGACUGACUUGGCUCAGGAGUUGCAAGGGAGUGAAGAGUUGAUGGACCACGAAAACGGCAACGACGACCACGAUGAUGAUGAGAAAGCGACUGGCGAAGAUGGCGCAACAACAAAUGUGGCCACCAACGGCAACGAGUCAAGCAAAGCAACUACGAACGGUGGCAAGGCAGCUGAACACGAACAUGAAGCUAAAUUGACCCAGUUGCCUAUGGCUCGCAUUCGCAACAUAAUGAAACUCGAUCCAGACCUGCAAAUCGCAUCAAAUGAAGCUGUUUUCGCCGUAACCCGGGCUGUGGAAUUGUUUAUCGAGUCCUUGGCACGCGAGUCCUUCUCGUAUACGGCACAGUCGAAGAAGAAGACUGUGCAAAAAAGAGACGUCGAACUUGCAAUAUCCGCCGUCGAUAGUCUUAUGUUCCUGGAUGGUGCCAUGAAUUUUUAAAUACAAUUCGCUUAUUUUAGUUAUGUGAUAAUAAAGUUAUUUAUAAGAAAACGCCAUGUUUAGUUUGGUUGAAUUAUAAUUGGUAUUUAUUUGGGAUAGUGUCUGUUGUUCCACGAACAGUGAGAGAGAGAAGUAUGUAGAAUUAAAAUAAGUAUUAAAUUUUAUUCAUUCUAUUGUGAAUGCGCACAUUGAGGGUUAUAAUUUAUAAAUAAUAAUUAAGUAUGUAGUAUAUUAAACAAUUAUAGAUUAUCAUCAUUGAUCAGUUACCGACGUUACAACAUUCAAAUACGCAUUUAUUUUUUGUGUACAACGUUGAACGCUCUGAAUUUACAACGAAGCCGGGAGAAAAUUUGGGUUUUUCUUUAACUUUAUGUUU